AUGAAUGAGCAAUAUUGUUCAUUUUUAAGGCCAUUGAUAGAGUUGACUAAAGACUUGAAAUGUCUGAUUGAGAAAGCUUGGGCUAUAAAUGGUAAGCUCGACUGCGAAAUCGAGCAGAGUAUUAAGCUCUGCAAGUUUUGCUCAGAGCAUGGUCGUUUUUGCAAUGUUGCAGAUCAGAUCCCAGUUGAGGAGAGGCAGAGCUUGAUUGCCAUAAGAGAUUCAUUGAAGCAAGUUGAGAACACCCUUUUGUUUCAACAGAAGCUGCUGUGUUGGCAAGAGAGAGAAAAAAAUGAAGCUAUAAUUCGUUUGAAAGAAAGCAGAACAGCUUUAAUGGAGUUGGUGAGGAGUUAUGAAGGGAAGGCACCAGAUGUGUUGAGAGAAUUAAAUGUAUGUUUUGGUGAUGAUGAUGAUGUUGUAGUUCUUCACAACUUUAAAGAUGGUGAACCCAACAACAAAUGGUGGAAGCACUACUGGCCCAAACCUUUUGGAUUUGCAAUGAAGUGUUUGAUGUUCUCGGCUACCAUAUCAUAUAUGAUUCGUUUUAGUCACAAUAGCAGUUCCAGAUCAAAUAAAUUCUUCUAAUCUGCUAUUAAACUUGUGGAGAAG